CUUCAAUCAUGGGCUUCCUUAUCAAAACCUGACUUCAACACUGACACAUCUUUCACCUUGUCUACUCCUUCCUGUUGGCAGCUUCUUCACCUUCAUCUCAAGCUCGGUCUUUGCGAUUGAACAGUCAGCGAUUUAACAGUGUGGCCCUCAUCCGACGCGUCCAGAUAAGGCUACCUCUACACAAGAAAACCUGGAAGAACAGAGAACGAAGCUCCGUCCGCCGCUCUCCGCUUUUUGUUCCUCCGCUCCCUCCCUCUUUCCGCCCCGCAAUUGGAGAACGCGAUCGGUUCUGACUACCGUGACUUCUUUUUCGCGGCAUUCCCCUUCUUCCACUUGCACUUCUGCAAACUCGUUUCUCCAAACAUUGUUAUUCUUUGACUUUAGUUGCAGCUCAGCUCAACUUCUGUUUCCCAUUACUUCAGGUGCAUUGCCCUUCACGCAGCUACAUCCAUCUCGCUGCGACACUACACUACAGCCCACUCCAAGCCAUCAACCUCGUCGCCCUUGCGGUGCUGCUCUCUCCAACAAAGGUCAAAACCCACUAUAGCUCUUGUCCCACUUCUCCUCUCACCUACUUAGUUCACUUUCAGUUUGGUGAUCUAGGCGAAACCUCCAAACAGCGUUUCAAGGUCCAAACCACGUUGCUCCAUCUCACCAGUUACAAGCCCAAACAACUUGCUCUGGCCACCUUCUUCAACUUCAGGGAACAAGACCUCUUGCGAUCCCAAUCACUUUCCGUUAUUGCCCCACGUCGCUACCGCUUCUCACCGUCCUCGCAACAAGACCCAGCCAACCCUUCAAACUAUUCUAAUCCCCCUUGAUGCCCGGGCAGACGCCAGAAGUUGUUGCCUCUGCCGAUCUAGAUCCUCUCUCGCCCAAGCCAAUCGCCCUCCACAGCACCUCGCCGACCCUGGUCCCAAGGCUACAGGACCACGCUGCCGCUAUUGACGCGGUAGUUGAGGAAUUAACCAGUCAAUUAACCAAUCCGACCCUUACGUCUCAACCCUCGUACAACUCGUACAUUUCGCCCGCCAUGCCAGAGCCGGUCCAAGAGUCUUCCGAUGUGUCCGACACCAUAGUAGUUGCCGGCGAGUAUUCGGAAGAUGAUGACGACAGCCUUGAUGCGUAUGAUGAGGACGGGCAGGAACAGGGCCAGGAGCAGGGGAACAAGCCAGAGACGGGCAGCGAUGAUUAUGCGCACACCUUUGAUUCGCCCACAGACCAAGGUGAAGGUGAGGCCGACGAGGCGCAGCCAGAUGUAUCAAAGGCUUCAGAAACUAAGAUGAAUGAUUCUUCCACGCCUGAACCUUCAAAGACUCAGCCUUCCACUGCACCUGCCCCUCCUUCUGAUCCUUCAUCGUCUCCUCCAGCCAAAGUCACAAGCCAAACCCAGCCCCAUUCUGAAGCCGAGCAGCUCCCAGCCCAGACCAACGAAUCGCUUCCGUCUCUAGAUGCGCCAUCUGAUUUCGCUCCCGCCGCCCCCCAUCAGCAUCUCCAAAGCUCAAAUCCCGAUCCUGUACCCGAUGCCGCGCCCAGCGGCACUUCUUCCAUGGCCGAGGUGCCUUCCGCACCAGAUUGCGGCGAGAUCCAAAUGCCAGAUGCUCCUCCUGCUCCUGAUGUCCAGCCCUCUUCUAGAGACUCUGCUGCCGCUUCAAAUAGCCCGACCCCGGCAAAUGAAGAUGAUGACACUGCCGUUGAUAUCCAGAAGCUCGUGGACAACAUCACGGCCAGAGCUGCCGCAUCCCCCACCACGGCUUCUGCCUCAUCUGUAGCAGCUGCUUCAGCCAAACCGCCUGCCACUCAAACUUCUCAGAACGGGCCAAGCACCUUGAAUGUUUCCCAUUCUGCUUCGCUUCCACCUAAACCUCAAGGCGGCCUACCUGCCAUCCCACCUCAGGCCCAUCACUUUCAUCCCCGACCCCAUAACUCUGUACAUGCCCAAGGCUCAUCUCCCAGCGUUGGACCUGGGACACCACGUACUGCGUACAUGCCACCUGGCGGCUCCGGUAUCGGCAAUGAAGCCAUCUCAUCUCUGCCUCCCAUUCCACCCAAUACCUUCAAUAAUGCUCCAACCCAACCCUACGCAUCCGCGCAUAACUCCCGACAUCUUCCGGGGCCUGGUAACUCUCACAUAAGCAACAUUUAUGCGCCAGCAAGCGAUCAAGACUACGAAAAGUUCCUUGCCGAUGAGAGGCAGUACACAUUGGAGGCUAGAUGGGAGCAACGAUUCCCUGAAGGCUCGCGUAUCUUCAUUGGUAACUUAUCGUGUGAGAGAGUCUCAAAACGCGAAGUCUUCGAUGUCUUUAGCAAGUUCGGACGCCUUGCACAGAUCUCUUUGAAGAAUGCAUAUGGUUUCGUACAAUAUCAUACCAUUGAGGAAGGUCUUGCUGCUAUUCGUGGGUGCCGCGACGUCGAACUCGGUGGACGUGCAAUCAAUUUGGAGAUAUCCAAGAAACAGGAUCGAACUCGGAAAGAACACCCUGAGCGCGACCGUGAACGUGAGCGAGAGCGGUCGCCUGACCGCCGCUUGCCACGUGAUAGCCGUGUAAGAGACCGCUAUGAGGCGAGGGAUCCGGGCUGGCGUAGAGAUGACUACCGCCCGGGUCCUGGGCGCUCACCUUCUCCUCACCGAGGAAGCCGAGACGGCCGAUAUGCUAGGGGCUCCAGAGACCGUGACUUUGGCCCUGGAUAUGACAGCCGCCGAUCCAGAUCGCCGCCAUCAGUCCGCUACUAUGAUAAUGGCUAUCGACGCAGAGACGACAGCCCGCAUCGGCGCGUGCCAUCUAGCGAAGAGCUUGACAUGCCUUUCCGCUACGGAGCCGAUGUUCCAGAUGUUCAGCUCGUCCUCCUUGGAGACGUACAUAAGGAGUUCGUCUCGUGGGUUCAGAGCGUCUUCCAUUCAUAUGGGCUGAGGACAAAUGUAAUUUACGCGAAUCCGCGCUUUCCCCGGGAGCCGUUGAUACAACGUCAGAUGGUGGAAGGCGUGCAUGCGGUCAGUUUUCUUGACCCUAAUUCGCCCGGCAAACAACAGCUCGACAUUCGGGUGUUUACUCGGACCGCCACCAGCAUCAACUUCGACGAUUAUAAGGUAACGCCGCAUCAGGCUGCUGCGUUGGUGGUAGACAAGAAGCGCAUCCAGCCGCCGCAGCCGCCGCCUACCUACCCAGUCAACAAUUAUGGCCACGGGUAUCGCCCAGAGGUUCCACCUCCCGUCAGCUAUCCAUACCAACAGCAGCCCUACGCCAUCCCUCCGGCUCCGGCACCUCAAAUACAGCAGCUGCAUGCCCCAGUGCAAGACAUCUCGAGCGUGGUUGGUCAGCUCAACAACGAAUCCCUCAGCGCACUCCUGGCCACUUUGACACAAUCUCAAGGUACGGCUCCGCAGCCGCCUCAUCCAGCCAUGCCCUAUGGCGCGGCCCCGCCGGCUCCUGCAGCUGCCCAAGCUGCCCAGAUCGACAUCAAUGCUUUGCUCGGAAACCUGAGGAGCGCCGCCAAUCCGGGAGCUCCAAGUUAUGGCGACGUCCCAGCAUAUGGGGUCGGUUCUGCACCCCCGGCCCCGACGGGCUAUGAUGCCCAACAAGCACAAAAGCUUCUUGACCAGCUCAGACGCAUUGCUCCGUAGGGCUGUCAUGCUAAUAAUGAUGCUAUUCUAAGGACGCAAGUUGUCGCCUUGCACUUACUGAGAGACUCGAGGAGUUGUUAUGCAUCUUGACAUGUGUUUUCAGUCCUUUCAUAAAAGAAAAAGGAGGCUAUGGAUAAUAGACACCCUAAUCAUAUUCUACAUAUCACAUUCUAGGAUCGGAUGGAGCGUGCGACAUUAAAACAAACCCCUUCUUGUAUUUGUAUGUAACGUGUAAUUUUUUCUUCUUCUUUUUGCAAAGCCGCCAUCAUGGAUAUGCUUAUCGUUGUUCGGUCAUUUCUCGUGGAGUUUCCACAUCUUGCAUCAAACCCAGCGGCAUAUUUCUGAAUUAGCAGCGUUUUCAUCGCUUGGCCUGUUAUUUUUUUUUCUUCUUCUUCUUCUUUUCCCCUUCUUAUUCCUCGCAUUUCCUGGGUGUCGUGGAAGCGAAAAGCGGAAAACGGAAAAAAAGGAAGAGAUAGAAGAAGUUAGCACAGUUCGGGUAGACGUGCUGCCUAGUUCGACGGCUGGCGAAGGAAAAUAAAAUAAAAAGUCUGUACUUGGGUUCUAUUCGAAUAGGCAGGCACAGGCAACGCUCAGGCAACUAAGAAAGAGGAAAGCAAAAAAUAGAUCACCUGUACUACUACUACUACUACUUACAAAAAUACAAUCUCUG